AUGGACCACACAAGAGAUCCGUGCCCGUGGGUCAUUCUCAAUGACUUCGGCGGCGCAUUCGCCAUGGGGGCUGUCGGUGGUGCAGUGUGGCAUGGCAUCAAAGGCUUCCGCAACUCCCCCUACGGCGAACGGCGCAUCGGUGCCCUCACAGCGAUAAAAGCCCGCGCGCCCGUGCUCGGCGGCAACUUCGGAGUCUGGGGAGGUCUUUUCAACACAUACGACUGCGCCGUGAAGGGCAUACGGAAGAAGGAGGACCCCUGGAACGCCAUUAUCGCCGGCUUCUUCACCGGUGGCUCGCUUGCUGUACGAGGAGGCUACAAGUCGAUGCGCAACGGCGCGAUAUCAUGCGCCAUCUUGCUCGCCGUCAUCGAAGGCGUCAGCAUCGGCUUCAACAGGAUGAUGGCCGACAACACAAAGCUCGAGGCGCCGCCCAUGCCAGCCCAGUCCGCACCGCCUGCCCCCAGCGGCGGCAUGGCCGUGGCCGCCUAGACUCUUCGUUUCAACAACACACCCUUUGAGAUUUGGCUUUAAUGUAUAAAGGCGGCGGGGGUUUUUCUGGAUGUUUUGCAUAUCCCGCUGUCACGGCGGUCGGCGUUUACACUCUACUCAGGCUUCUGUGCAAUACCUGUAUCAUAUGUCAUGGUCUGUACCGAUAGCGUGGCGUCCCUAGACGGGGAGACGGGAUUCUGGUCAACAAAAGAAUUGCAUGUUUCCUCAUAC